AUCCAAACAAUGGUUUCUGGUGCCAGCCUUCAAGCUACAAAACUUAUCUCCAUCUUACCGUUAUACCACAGCAACAUUCAUCUCUAUCCUCUCCAUAAAAGAGCUCAUAGCGAAACAUCAACAUAACCGACGACAACAUCCUCAAUCAUGCCCGGCGCGACUUCCCGCAACACACGCUCCGCCCGUGGGAAGCUUAACCCGAGUGAACAAGCUCAUUCUCCCGAUCUUAACGACUUCGCCCGUCUUGCCAAAAUCCAACAGAGCCCCAGCAAAGACAGCACUCUGAAGAAGCGCGCCCAAGCCGAAACAACCCGCACUUCCUCGAUAGAGAUUGUCCUCAGUUCAAGAAAGAGAAAAGUCACCGAUGGCUCUGAUCUCGAGUCUUCGCCAACCAUCUCCAAGAAACUCCGCCAGAAGAGCGAUGACACAAAGGACAGCGAGAACAUUGCUCCUUGCGAGACUCCCUGCAGGAGGAAGAAGACCGUAAGGUUUGAGGACACCGCGUCUGUCAAGAUCGAGCACAACAACGGAAACAAGAAGCUGGACUUCAAAGCCAUACCGAACUUCUCUGCGCCAGCCGUCUCCGUAAAUCGAAAGCGGCGAUUGCUUGAGGAAGACGACGAGCCCUUAUACAAGAAUAACUACGAUGCCACAGAAGCCGAGACACUACUGGAACGCCUGGCUCUCCAAACACCAGCGAAGAGAAGGUCGAAACAUCAUGUUGGCGAAAGCAGUGAGCACGACCUCCCGCGAGAGCUCGUCCAGCUGCUUGACCUCCAAGCCGCAUUUCUCAAAACUUACACCAUGCAACUGGCUCAUAACGGCUCCAACUUGCCGGUUGAUCUGCGCACACUUUUGCCCAGUGUCACCCGAACCUGGGGCAAGCGCAAGGUGACGAUCGAGGAUAUCCAGCGCUACAUCGGCGUUCUGAACUGGGUAUCCUCAUCCUCGAAGCCCACCACCACCACAGCAACCACCUCACCUUCGAAAGCCCCUUUCUACCUCUCCGACUAUGGUCGCGGCAAGAUCUGCAUUGAGCUACACGAAAGCCAUUCAGGCCCUCUCCUGGAACACAAGCUGAACAUGGACUUCGAGUCCAACCUCCGGGCUCUCUGGCACUCGCGCCGACCAGGGCAAGUCGCCUCUCUCUUCCUCAGCACGCUUCCGCAAGCACCAAUCAAGGCCUGCGCCUCGGCCAUCAAAGCCGCCUCCCUCUCAAACAAGAACCAGCGUACCCUCGAAGAACUCAAGAAUGGCGUCGUCCGCAAGCAACAAUUGCAACAAGAAAAGCAGCAGCAGCAGCCCACAACCCCUGCCCCUUCCCUCAAACCCGACAGCACCAAACUCUCCCUUCUCGACCGUAUCCGUUUCAAAGAGAACCAGGCCGCCCUCGCCGCUUUGAGCGGUCCCUCGGUCGCCGAGAUCCAGCGCCGUGCGGCGCUACAGCGCGCAGAGGACGUGGCGGCGGUGAUCGGGAUGCUCUGCACGGCCACGGGCGCACAGGCGCGCAUGGCGUUCACCAUGACGGCGCUGCUGGUCAAGCUCAAGGAUUCGCUGCGGACGCCUAUCUCGCAGGAGGACGCGGCAGGGUGCGUACGGCUGUUGGCGAGUGAGGUGGCGCCGCAAUGGCUGAAGAUCGUGACAGUGGGCGGAAGGGAGAAUGUUGUGGUGCAAACGGCGUUGCAGCCGAGCAAGAUGGAGGUUGGGCAAAAGGUUAAGGUUCUGUUGGGUUAGAUGUGCGGUAAACCGUGAGGAAUGUGGGCGACGCUCAUGAUAAAGAACGAGGAAAUGAUCUUACGACCAAAGGUCUGGUGUUGCAAGAAAGAAGAGUGGUUAACGACCUGAGGCGUGUGAUAGUGUUAAGGAGUUUUGGAGUUUGCUUGGCUGCUGAAUAUAUACCCGUAUUGUAACCUUUUGGACUCUGAGAUAUGGAGCAUUUGGUGUUAUCGAGUGGCACAAUUUUGAGAGAUUG